GUGAUACUUCAGAAAGAGGAUCCUAGAUGUCAAAGGACAGAAGAAAGGGAAGUGUUCUUCACUUGCAUUCUGUCCCAGGAGUGUGGGAUCUCUCACAAAGCGCAAGGAAAGGCGGACAGACCUGUGGUUCUGGGAGAAUGGGAGAACCUGUGCAAAUAGUGGUGUUUGUGAUGGCUUUUGUCACCUGCAAUGCCCUCCUGGAUCUGACUGGUGUCCACCAGGUCCAAGGCACAUGGAUGGGAUCUGUCACUUUACCAUGUACCUACAUGCCCUUAGAUGGUUUCACACAGCAAACGCUCAUCUGGAGCAUGGAGAGAGACCACAGCACCUCCACCAUCUUUCGGAGGGACUAUUCUGGUGACCAUGUCCUGCUGUCUCAGUUCCGAAACCGGGUCAGUGUCCCAAAGCACAGCCCAGGGGAUGCCUCACUCUUAAUUGAGAACCUCGAAAUCCCUGAUAGUGGGCACUACACCUGUCAAGUCAUCUGGAGGACUAAAGAUAACAGUGUGAUCACAAGGGAGGUGACCACUACGGUUAAAGUUGUCAAAGUGGCAGCAACCAAGCCCAUCAUCAGGGCCGGCGAACUGGGGCUGACGGUACCCACAGGAGCCAGGACCAGCCUGACCUGUGUGGCCAGCGGGUCCCCCCCCAUCAGCUACCGCUGGUUCAGGGGCACCCCGGGACAGAAAGCCCUGCUGCUGAGCAGGCAGGCUGAGCUGGUGUGGGACAGCCUGCAGCCCUCCGACACUGGGAAGUACUACUGUGAGGUGGAAAACAGGGCUGGGGCCGGGGCUGUGCAGCAGAGCGAUGCUGUUGAGCUCACAGUGACAGGUAUGACGGCAACGAAGCAGCUCUCCGAGGGGGGGUCGGAGGAGCCUCCCGUUGCCACGGGUCUCCCCGCGCCGCGGUACGCGCUGCCGGCCGCGCUGGCCGUGGUGCUGGGCGCAGCCGCGCUUGGAGCGCUCCUGACCGCAGCUCGGUGCCGGCGGCGGAAUGCGGAGGAACUUCUCUAUGAAGUUGCUUUCCACAGCACUGCAGAUGUCACCAGACUGGAGGCGAAUGGGGAAGUCCCUGUUAAGUGCCCACACAAAGAUGCAGAUUCUAAGACUGAAACAUCCAAUGACACUUUCACUGUGAAAAACAACGGCCUUGACAGCAUCCACAUGAGGAAAAAUCCUGAGUAUGAGAACCUUAUGAAUGCAAUGGAAUUGGAAUAUGAAACAGAAAACGUUUAGCAGAGUACCAUCUUUUGCAUAUGAGUAGUUGUGCAGGCUGCAGAUAUUGAAUGGUAAACUUCACCAAAGAAAACUCGUCUUCCUGUCUACCUCCUGCUCUGACAAAUGUACCAGUCUCACUUUAA